GUUUGCGGGCCUUGGAGCUGGUCUUGCUUGGGGUACACUUCAAGAAUCUGCCAAGAGGCUUGUUUUUGGUACACCAAACUUGCAAGGGAAUCAAUCGGCUCUAUCCCCCUAUCUAUCUGAGAAAAAUGCAGAACGUCUCGCUCUUGCAUUAUGUAGAAUGCGUGGAGCAGCUUUAAAAUUGGGGCAGAUGUUGAGCAUCCAAGAUGAAUCUGUGGUUCCAGCUCCGAUCUUAGCUGCUUUGGACAUUGUCCGUCAAGGUGCAGAUGUUAUGCCGAGGAGUCAGCUUAAUCAAGUGUUGGGCAGUGAAUUAGGUCAAGAUUGGUCAUCGAAGUUGAAGAGUUUUGAUUAUGAGCCGAUGGCAGCAGCAAGUAUUGGACAGGUCCAUCGGGCUGUCACAAAGGACGGCAUGGAUGUUGCUAUGAAAAUACAGUACCCAGGUGUUGCUGAUAGCAUUGAGAGUGAUAUUGAUAAUGUGAAACUUCUAUUAGGUUACACAAAUCUAAUACCAGAAGGGCUGUACCUUGAAAAUGCUAUGAAGGUGGCCAAAGAAGAACUCUCUCGUGAAUGCGACUAUGAGCUGGAAGCGAAGAGUCAAAAAAGAUUUGGCAUUCUAUUAUCUGGCGCGAAGGGAUUCUAUGUUCCAGUGGUCAUAGAUGAUUUGUCAAGUAAACGAGUACUGACUUCAGAACUUGUCCCUGGAAUUCCAAUUGACAAGGUGGCGUUACUGGAUCAAGAGACUCGAAACUACGUCGGAAGGAAAUUGCUCGAGCUUACUCUGAUGGAGUUGUUUGUUUUUCGUUUCAUGCAGACCGAUCCUAAUUGGAGCAAUUUCCUCUAUGAUGAGUCUGAAAGAAUAAUCAAUCUCAUUGACUUUGGAGCAGCUCGGGACUACCCCAAACCUUUUGUGGAUGAUUAUUUGAGAAUGGUUUUUGCUUGCGCAAACAAUGACCGGGAAGCUAUAAUAAAGUUGUCUCAGAGGCUUGGUUUCCUCACAGGAGAAGAAUCUGAAAUAAUGAUGGAGACACAUGUCCAGGCAGGUUUUGUUGUGGGGUUGCCAUUUUCAAAGCUUGGAGGCUAUGAUUUUCGAGCUAACAAUAUUACCCAAAGCAUUUCAAAUCUAGGCGCUACAAUGCUGAGGCACAGGCUGACACCGCCACCUGAGGAAGCUUAUAGUCUUCACCGUAAACUUUCUGGAGCUUUCCUUGCUUGCAUAAAGCUCGGGGCUGUUGUGCCGUGCAGGGAGCUCUUACUUGAAGUGUACGAGAAAUAUGAAUUUGGCGAAUAUGGUAACGAAAAAUUGGCAAGUGGAUCAGGGUGAUGAUGGAGAUCCUUCUUCCGCAUUGUAACUUGUCCUGCGGGUUCAAGAAUGAGGCAGAGAGUCCUUAAGAACGAGAAAGUCGACUAACAUGGUUUGGAAUGCAAUUGAAUGGCAGUGCCUGCAGCUCUAUUUGUGAUCGCAUUGGCUAUGCCUCCAUUUAGUGCAGUCUAUUUUUACACAAAGUCAUGAGUGACAUACAUCGAUUUAUGGUCCUUCCAGCACAACUUGCUGAAGUUCUGUUCCUGCUUUUCAGGAACUGAGGAAAUCUUUUUCUGAAUAAUACAAUUUGAAAGGGGAACAUAUACAAAUGUGAGGUCUAUGGAGUUGCUAUAGGAAACUUUUAAGAGAAUAAGAUUGAAAAUGUGCUGUGUAAUUUUAGGCAUAUCUAUCUUCAGUAAAAGCGCUAUCUUCAGUAAAAGCGCUGUUAAUUGAAUUUGCACGUAAAACAUAAAGUAGUGUGAGAUUCUGUUUAGUUUCUUAAAUA